AUGCAGGAGGGUAAAGUAGUUCCUUAUUCGUCUCGUCAGCUUAAGCCUUACAAGGCGAAUUACCCUACUCAUGACUUGGAGUUAGCUGCUGUGGUAUUCACACUGAAAAUUUGGAGGCACUAUCUCUACGGUGAGAAGUGUAGAAUCUACAUAGAUUACAAGAGUCUUAAGUACCUCAUCACUCAGAAGGAGUUGAAUCUUAGGCAGCGAAGAUGGAUAGAGUUGCUUAAGGAUUAUGAUUGCUCGAUUGAAUACCAUUCUGGUAAGACUAACGUGGUAGCUGACGCACUGAGCCGUAGGGUUGUAUCUGAUUUGAGAGCAAUGUUUGCUCAUCUCAGUGUGUUUGAUGAUGGUAGCUUGUUGGCUGAGUUGCAAGUUGAGAGUGGGGAAACUUCAGAUUUUGGGUUGAAUAAUAAAGGAGUACUGUGCUUCCGUCGGAGAGUCUGUGUACUGAGGGAUACUGAUUUGAGGCAGUCUAUACUGCGAGAGGCGUAUAGUAGUUAUUGCGCUAUGCAUCUCGACGAGAAUAAAAUGUACCGAGAUCUUCAUGAGUUAUACUGGUGUCCAGGACUGAAACGUAAAGUAACGGAUUUUGUGUUCCGUACUGAUUACUCUUUGCAGAAGUUGGCUAAACUGUAUGUGGCUAAGAUUGUAAGACUGCAUAGGGUACCGGUUUCCAUUAUAUCAGAUAGAGAUCCUCGCUUCACGUCUUGA